UCUGCGUUGGCAGAACAUAACAUGCAUUUCAUUUUCAUUUUCAUUUUCGUCUCUUGCAUCUCGCGGAAGCCAUUUUCGAUCUGUUGUGCUCUGUGGAAGGCGGUGGAUGGCAAAAAACAACAAGUACGCCUCUAUUAACUUCAACCACAUCUACGACAAAACCACAGCCACCAACCCUCAUAAUAGGAACCCUUCUCAUUCCGUUUCCCCCUCCUCUUCCUCCUACUCCUCCGCCUCCUAUUCCUCCGUCUCCGGCCCCAACAAAGCCCAUGGCCGCAUCCUCGUCUUGACCCGUCCCACCCCCAAACCCGUCACGCCUCCCACCCCACAACCCCAACCCCAACCCCACCACCAACCGCUACCCAAUCCGAUCCACCAAACCCACGACCAGUCGGAACCGCCACCGGACGCGAUCUCGCUCCGCCCCCUCGGUCGAACUGGCACCGCUUCCUCGCUCUCGUCUCUCCCUGUUAUCAACCACGACAACAAGGACUUGCCCUCGCCGCCGCCCAAGACCAACAAGUUCGUGCCGCCACACCUCCGGCCUGGGUUCGUGCCCAGGGAGGAGACCCCACCUGGGCCCGGCUCGCUUCGGCCCAACGGGCGGCCCAAGUCCGGGGGUGGACAUGAGAGGAUGAGGAGGGGUGGGCAGCAGGAUGCGGGGAUCAUGGGCCGCGGGAGUCGGCCCAAUUCCAGUGGAUGAAUGGUUAUGAAGUUGAAUUCUUUUCCGAGGACGAAGACGAACACAUUUUGCUACAGAGACGCGUUCUCUAUACCAAUUCAGUGCACUUUGUCUCUCUGGAACUGACAUCAAUUUUCACAAGGCAUCUCAAAUCACCGAAGACGAAAACUGACCAGGUUGCAGAUUUUCAACACAUAACAUCCCAAACAAUAGCCAAAUUUGUAGGCUUUUAACACCCAAGUUCUUCUGUUGGUGUUUGGCCCUCUUUAACACAUGCCAAUAGAGUGGAGAAUUUAUACACAUAUUUUCAAUUCCUGGCUAAACUUUUUUUCUUCUUACUGUUUUGAAAGACAUGCCUUCUGUACUUUGAGCAUAUGUUCUAGAGGAGGUCCCAUUGUUUUUUACUGUUGUGUUGUACUUAUUUCAGAUUGAAUGUUAUUUCAGCCAAGGCCCGUUCAUUCAUUAGUUACACA